CGUCAAUCCGGAAUUUUUCGGCCCUCAAAGCCCUUUGAAUUCACCACUAUUCGAGGAGCCAGCAGGAGUCACUCUAAUCAAUUAAUAUUACUCUUCUCUAUCGGUGGGCGAAGAUAUUUGACGAAUAGACGGGUAAAUAUUCGAUAUGGCAUGCUGUUGGGUUGCUUUAUUGUAUUUCAAAUAUCGUAUAUCGUACAAGAGCUCCAACAGUAUCCAUUCCAAAGUUAGGCAGAAUGAACAACCAAACAACAAGGUUUGUUACAUCUUUUCUCAAAGAAGAAAGACAACAGCAAAGGAAAACAUAAGAAAAGAAUAAAAAAAAAAGGAAAAAUCAAUAUGCCUAGUCAAAGUCGAAACAAUACUCCUUUAUGUAGCGACCAGGCAAAAAAUACGCCCUUUCUCCCGUAACUCCGUGCUCAAUUCCGCUUGCGUAAAAGGAGAGUGGCUACAAGGUAAAACUAUCCUCUUGCCGCGACAUCAAAAACCCAAGAAUAUCAUCCAAAGGUACUAAAAAAAGGAGGGUAUAAGAAGCAAAACCCAUCUUCCCCAUACCGAUCAAACCGUGGCUCCCAUCGGUUGAGCUCGACUCGUCCAUCCGUCAUU